GGAACACGCUGUGAACUGGAAUGCUCGCGGAGCACCGGCCCCUCGGCCCGAUCCAGCAGCUGCAUUAAGCCAUUUCGCUGGGUGCAGAUUAUAUAAGGAAACCCAGGAAGAAAAGAAAGGCGAAGCGGGUUAAGGUCGGCACCAGUGAAUUUGCACGGCAGCCCCUUCUGCUCUCAGCGUGUGUUGGGGAAGCGCCCAAGCAGCGGCCGUCGCGCUGGCUGCUGCCUUCCCAAGAGCGGCAGGAGCCUGGCAGCGAGGGCCCCCCCUGUCCUGGGUGUGAGGACUAAUACCAAAAAACCUCACCAGUCACUCAAACCCAUGACACCCCCGUGGGUGCGUGGGGACAGAGCUGUCACCCCCCUCCACCAUCCCCAAGCCCCUUGCUGGAGCCUUGGGCUGUGGGAUGGCUUGCCCAGCCCCGGCUGCAAAUGCAGCGUGGGACCCCCGAGAGCCACAGCCCGUGGCUGGGGCCACCGCAGCCCCAGCAGUGGGGAGGGGGGGUACUUUGGGGGAGAUGCUCUGUCCCCCCUUCCCGCAGCCCCUGGCAGCAGCACGCUCGCCCCGUCCCGCAUCCCGCGCGGCAGCAUCUCCUGGAGGGCUUUGGCAUAACCAUGGCAACUGCCAGGUAAUUAAUAGACGAGUCUCAAUGUCAUGGAGACAAAACAGGCGCAAACGUGGACACGGGGCCGCACGUCCACCCAGCCGGGCACGGCGGGCCCCGGUGCAGGAUGCGGCCCCCAGUCACACUGCGGGUGGCUGGUGCUGUGUCCACCCGGUCAGCACCGUCACCCCAUGGCAGGGACAUCCCCUCGUCACCCCGCUGUGAGGGUGGCACGUGGCAGCCCGUGUCCCCUGGGCAGGACGGGGCUCUGCACCCACUGGGCACGUAGAGGCAGCCCCGAGCAGGAUGGGUGCCAGCCUCUGAGACAAGAGCAGCGCUGGCGAGUGCCUGGUGGCUUAAAGACUUUUGGGGGUAACUGAGAAGAAUUUUGACAGAGAAGGGAGAUGCGAGAAUGAUAUUUUAAUGCAGAAAAGGCUCCUGCUAGGCUAAAAGCGGCUUCAGAGGCUUUAGCUCUUCCAGGCUGACUUGUGCCCUGGGACUCUGUGGGCUUUGCGCAGGGCGCUCGGCACGACAGUCCUGGGCUCAGCCCCGAGCCCUCGCAGCCUGGCGGGGCUGGGUGCCGUUUUGGGGUGGCUUUGCUGGGUACCUGGUGCUGCACAGCUCCAGCUGUGUGCACGGUCACACCCCAAAGCCCCGGGGGAGCUGUACGAGACACCCCCGAGAGCCAGGGCUCCCCCCAGGCUUUGCCUGUGCAGCAACGUUUGUGCUUUCCCCUGCUCAGGGCUGGUCCCUGCACCUCCACCGGGCACAAGUCGCAGCCUCUCCUGCCUUUUGCACAAGCAAAUUCCAAUUAAUAAAUGCAGGAAUGCCCUUUUAUUUUCUGCAUAAGUGGCUAAUUAUUUGAUGCAUGAGUACCCCCUCCGUUCACCCAUGAGCACCCGACUAAUUGCAUGAGGGUUUAAAUAGUGCAGACCUGAGCACCCAGUGGGUGCGCAUGUGAGCACCCCAUUAAUGUCCUUGGGUGCCCGGCUGGCUUGGGUGUGAGCCCCCAUUAUCUCAGGAGUCUGGUGCAGGGCAGAAAGCGCAGGAGGAGGCCUGAGUCUGGGGAUGGGGGAGGCGCUUCCCCAAAUACCUCUUAAUUAUUUACAUUUUCUGUUGUCUCAAUACCCGUGCCACGGAUGAGACCCUUGCGUUAAUUGCAAUAAACUAAAUGAAGUAAAACUUGCUCCAGCUGAAAUUGCUCUGCCCUGGUCCCUCUCCUCGCCAGGAGGGCUGGAUCUGGCCCCGCUCCCCGAGCAGGGGCAGCCGGCUGGGACCGAAACCGCUGGGGUCUCAGAGUGCCCUGCCAGCUGCUGAGAGGGGCACCGGGGGGCGAGUGGGGUGUCCGCUCCCCCCGGGCAGGACCUGCCCAGCCCGUGGGGAGGCGGCUGCCUGUGAACGCUGCUGGGCGGCACGACUUAAUUCUUUGCUGCAGGCGCUGGGUCUGGGGACGCGUGUGGGGCUGAGGACGUAUCUCAGGAGGAGGCUUCUGCACAUGAAACAUUAGGAGCUAUUUUCUGGCUCCGCUGCCGCUUCCCUUUUCCUUCUGCCAGCAGCUGCCCCUCUGCGCCGGCUGGGCUGGGGCAGAGGCAGGAUUGCUGCAAACACUUCACUUAAAGGGGUGUUGAUGAGCCCAGUUUUUGGACGAAGCCGCCAUCCCGAGGAGCCCCCCCCGGUGUGGGGCAGGGUCCUGUGCAGCUGCAGGGGGGGAAUAGCCACAGCAGAGCCGUGACGAGGAGCAGGAUGCACCUCGUGGGCACCUGAAACCCGCGACUGCUGGAUUUUGGAGUGCCAAGGCUGGUUGAGACAGGGGUUUUCUCACCUGCCUGUGGGCAGGGGGGCCUAGCCGCAGGCAUGGAGGGGGACGGGGAUGUGGCCAACGCCACCGCCUACAAGCUCGCCCUGCAGAACCGCCCCAACGCCAGCGCCCAGUUCACCGGGGUGCAGCUCAUCCAGUCCUUCAAACCCCUCAUCAUCCCCUGCUACGCCCUAGUCGUCCUCGUCGGCAUCUCUGGCAACUACCUGCUCCUCUACGUCAUCUGCAAGACCAAGAAGAUGCACAACGUCACCAACUUCUUCAUCGGGAACCUGGCUUUCUCCGACAUGCUGAUGUGCGCCACGUGCGUGCCCUUCACCCUGGCCUACGCCUUCAACCCCCAGGGCUGGGUUUUUGGGAAGUUUUUGUGCUACUUCGUGUUCCUGAUGCAGCCCAUGACGGUCUACGUCUCCGUCUUCACGCUCACAGCCAUCGCAGUCGACAGGUACUACGCCACCGUGCACCCCCUGAAGAAGCGCAUCUCGGUCACCAGCUGCAUCUCCGUGGUGGGGGGCAUCUGGCUGCUCUCCUGCGGGCUGGUGGCCCCCGCCAUCGCCCACACCUACCACGUGGAGUUUCGGCAGGAGGGCUUCGCCAUCUGCGAGGAGUUCUGGAUGGAGAAGGAGACGCAGCGCCUGGCCUACGCCUACGGCACCCUGAUCGUCACCUACAUCCUGCCCCUCUCCGCCGUCUCCCUCUCCUACAUCUGCAUCUCGGUGAAGCUGAGGAACCGCGUGGUGCCCGGCCACCCCACACAGAGCCAAGCCGAGUUCGACCGCCUGAGGAAGAGGAAGAUCUUCCGCCUCAUCGUGCUGGUGGUGGCGGCAUUUGGGGUCUGCUGGCUCCCCAUCCACGUCUUCAACAUCAUCCGGGACAUCGACAUCAACCUCAUCAACAAGCACUAUUUCCUCCUCAUCCAGCUGCUCUGCCACUGGUUCGCCAUGAGCUCCUCCUGCUGCAACCCCUUCCUCUACGCCUGGCUGCACGACCGCUUCCGUGGGGAGCUCCGCAAGUUGUUCCCCUGCAAGAGGAAGAUCAUCCCCGCCAAGAGCUGCGGGGCUGCCGGCGGGGUGCUCUGAGGGGGGGGUCCCCCCUCUCCACACCCUCCCCGGCCCUUCGCUUCAUCCCGUGCACGGCAGAGCUCUCCUCGCUGCCGAGGGGCCGGGGAUGCCCGUCCUGCCCGUGGGACCGGAGGAAAGCGGGGGUCCUCCUGCCUGCCGCGGGGUUUGCAGCACGGGCUGCAGCAUCCUUCCCCACGCCCGCCCUGCGGCGGGGCGGCAGGGCUGCAUGUUUGCUUCAGGAUCUUGUGGUGUCAUUAUUUGAAAUUAAUGGAGGAAAUGGGCUUGCGGGAGCGCGAGGGAGGUGUGAAAAGCAUUUUGCUGGAGUGACAGCCGUUAGUAGCUGCCUGUUUCAUUAAAUGAAUCAUACAGCACUCAUUAAAUCGAUUUUCGGGUUUUGGAAA